GAUGUGUAUCAACCGGUCAGUCCGCACGUGGUUUACUCAGAGGCAAAAAACACCGCAGAAUUAUGAGUUUGAAGGUGAAAUCCAUGCUUAUUACCGGUACGAACCGGGGAAUCGGUCUGGAGUUUGUCCGGCAAAUUGUCAAGUUGCCACAUCCACCGAAAUGGCUGUUUGCCACCUGCAGGAACCCUGACCAAGCCAAGGAACUGCAAGAAGUGGCAGCUCUCAAUUCAAAUGUGAAAAUCAUGAAAUUCGAGGUGACUGAUGGUGACGGCAUUAAGGCCCUGGUGAGGGAGGUGGAGAAGGAGGUGGGCGAGGAAGGACUUAACCUGCUUAUCAAUGGAGCUGCCGUUCUACAUAGGGUGAACCUGGAAGAUGUGAACGAGGAAGUGAUGGUCAACAGCUUCAAUGUCAACUGUGUGGCUCCGCUUUUACUGUCGAAGGCAUUUUUACCGCUGCUAAAAAAAGCAGUGAAAAAGUCACCAGUGGAAGGAUUAAGCUGCGAUAAGGCUGCUAUCAUAAAUUUGACUUCCAAAAUGGGUUCCAUCGGGGACAACACUAGCGGAGGCCAUUAUGCUUAUCGGGCAUCAAAGGCCGCCUUGAAUAUGAUCAGUCGCAGCUUGAGUGUGGACCUCAAACCUGAGGGAAUCCUUGCUCUGGCGAUACACCCGGGCUGGGUAAGGACGGACAUGGGCGGGCCGCGUGGAUUGUUGGGGGUCAACGAGAGCGUGGACAGUAUGAUCAAGGUGAUGGGUAGCCUAAAUGAAGAGAAAGCUGGCACAUUUCUGAACUAUAACGGAGCUCCCAUUGAGUGGUGAUCACUUCAGGCAGCGAUGUUUGCCGAGGCUUGGCACGGAAUAAAGUAGUCAGCAUUCUCAGGGAAUAAAGGAAGAGUUUUGUGGCAAUAAUGGUAGACGGGCCUACCAAAGCAAACCACUGUGUCAAACUUCGUGGUUAAUGUUGCCUUUUCAUGCUUGUCCAUUUCCACUAAUUCAUUAAUUAUAGCAGAAAAUGUAGUUUUUUUUGGAAGAUUCAGAAAUGUUGACAAAAAGGACUGAUGUGACCUACUUUGGCCUUAUGCACAUAUUUGGCUGGUAAGUUCUUGUCUUCAGCUACCCAAAGCCCCAAGGGAGUUAACUUUGCAUAACUAUGUACCCAG